AUGUUCAGGCAAGUAUUGGUUGCAUCUGAACAUCGCGACUAUCAACGAAUUAUAUGGCGAGAGACUCCUGCAGACGAGAUCCAGGUGUAUCGCCUGAAGACCAUCACAUAUGGCAUGGCAUGCAGUCCUUACAAUGCAGUACGAGCCCUACAACAAUGUGCUUAUGAUAAUUCAGCUGUGGUUCCCGAAAGACAACAAGGGACGCGGGCUCGAGCUGCGAUAUUAACCUCGUUUUAUGUUGACGACUUCUUAACGAGUUGUGAAAGCGUUACCGAAGCAGUGGAGCUGGCUAAGAACGUGGACGCCAUCUUAUCUGCGGGACAGUUCACUCUAAGAAAAUGGAACUCGAACGAUAGUCAGGUAAUGAUUCGUUUAUCUAAUGAGCCGUCACUUUCUAAUUAUGUCUUCCAUGCUGGUGAGGCUUCCGUUUUGGGCUUAAGAUGGGACGCACUGGAGGAUCAGUUAUUCUUUCGCGUCGAUUUAUGUCAAAGAGUAGAACUUCCAACGAAGCGCCGUGUACUCAGCGAGGUGGCACGACUCUUCGAUCCUACUGGAUUCUUAUCGCCUGUUAUCGUAACAGGGAAAAUAUUCAUUCAGCGACUAUGGUCUGCGGGUCUAUCCUGGGACUCACCAUUACCUGAUGAUCUUUGCCGCGAAUGGCUGAAGUAUCGGUCACAGCUUCCGGAGCUCAAUCAAAUUCGUAUCGAACGGUGGAUGGGAAUGAUUCCACGCGUUCAGACAUCAUUUCAUGGGUUUUGCGAUGCCAGUUCACAUGCUUAUGCAGCAGUUAUUUACGCGAAGACAUCGAACACGAACGGUGCGAUGCGUUUCACACUUCUAACGGCACGUACCAAAGUGGCACCACUUAAAAUCGCUACCAUUCCACGCCUGGAACUUGCGGCAGCGCUGCUUCUUGCCGAGACAUUCCAGAACGUGCGAGAUUCUUUGGGAUUAGUUGACGUUCCCUACCAUCUGUGGUCGGACUCAGCAAUCGUAUUGUGUUGGCUCAGGAAGGAUCCAGCAACACUUAAACCAUUUAUAUCAAAUCGGGUUCGUAGAAUACAGGAGCUGACAUCCCCCGCCCGAUGGCAUCACAUUCGUUCGGCUCAUAACCCAGUUGAUUGUGCCAGUAGAGGUAUCACACCCGCCGAGCUAUUAGUACAUCCCCUUUGGUGGCAUGGACCUAAGGAGGCAGAGAUGAUGUAUGGGGACAGUAGUGAUGUUCCUCUCAGCAAGGAUGAGUCAGAUGUUUUACUCGCCGAAAACCGAAAUACAACCAAAUUUAUUGUACUCAUUUCACAUCCGGUGUAUACUCGUCGUCCAAACGGACACGCUAUUUUGUUAACUGAACGGUUCAGUAGUAUCACUCGAUUGUUGGGUACAUUGGCCAUUAUACUGCGCUGGUUAAGAAGGCGUCGACACUUUCGUCAACCGGUGAUCGUUGCUCAGGAGUUGGAAGACGCAUUAUACACUAUAAUCCGUUUAGAGCAAGAGGAACAUUUUGCAAAUGAAAUUCGACAAUUGACGUCUAGUUCAGGUUUGUCAUCUUCCAGUCGGAUAAUACCUUUAAACCCAUUUCUAGACAAGAACCAAAUCCUCCGUGUGGGGGGACGCAUCCAACAGGCCGAACUAGGGCAUGAUCAGCGAUUCCCGAUUAUUUUGCCAAAGUCAACGCCGUUGGUCAAGCUUUUACUAAAUCAGGCGCAUGAGAUUACACUGCAUGGAGGCGCGCAACUCAUGCUGGACACUCUUCGUCAACGCUUCUGGAUUCUGAGUGCCAGGCAAGCAGUCAAGAGUUUCAUCCAUAACUGCACAGUAUGCCGUCGUCAUAGAGGGGAAGUCCUGAAGCAACAAAUGGCUUCCUUACCCGGGCAGAGGAUCAGAGCAGCAAGGCCGUUCACAUCAUCUGGUGUCGAUUACUGUGGACCUUUUACGCUACGCAUCGGAACGAAACGCUCUCGAACGCACAUUAAGACGUACCUCGCAAUAUUCGUAUGCAUGGUUACCAAGGCCGUGCACAUUGAGGUGGUUGAUGACCUAUCGGCACAGGCCUUUCUAGAUACUUUUACUCGUUUCGUCAGCCGACGCGGUCCCUGCCGGGAUUUAUAUAGUGACAAUGGUACAGCCUUUGUUGGUGCCAACCGCCUUUUGAAGGAGGAUCUUGCAGCAUGGCAGGGUGAGAAUAAUCAGCGAUCGUUAGCAGAUUCGGGCACACGUUGGCAUUUCAUCACACCCAGUGCGCCACAUCAAGGAGGCCUCUGGGAGGCUGCUGUGAAGUCCGCUAAGCAUCAUUUGACACGAUGUGUGGGUACGCAGGUCAUGUGGUAUGGUCAACUACAGACACUAGCCGUAAGAAUAGAGGCCUGUCUCAAUUCCCGUCCUAUAACCCCACUUUACGACGAUCCUGAAGAGAAACUUGCAUUAACCCCAGGUGAUUUCCUGAUUGGGUCGCCACUCCUAGCGGUCCCUGAACCAGAUAUCAACCAUAUUCCUAGCAACCGGCUGAAACAAUGGCAAUGGAUACGUCAAAUUCAACAAGGAUUUUGGAAGCGGUGGAGUGAGGAGUAUCUAACCAUUCUGCAGAGACGCCACAAAUGGUUUCGACGCACGAGGAAUAUAAGGGUGGACGAUAUCGUUCUAGUCAAACAAGAGAACCUGCCUCCCACUCACUGGUGCCUGGGUCGAGUGACAACACUACAUCCCGGAGCGGAUGGAGUGGUCCGCAAUGUCACGUUGAGAACCGCUAGAGGAUACAUGAAACGAGCCAUCCAGAAACUAUGUCUAUUGAUAGAGAAGGAAGAUUUCGAGUCGACCGACUCGACCGGGCAGGAUGUUUAG